UCAACAGGUCCCUCCAUGUGGAAAGCCCCCCCCUGGUCCAGGGCAGAGCGUCAGCUACGUCCAAGGGCCUCAUCAGUGUCCCUGCUGGGCCAGACGGUGGGUCAGAGUCUUCAGGCUGCAGCCGACCGCUGGCCCCACAGAGAGGCCUGGUCUUCCUGCAAGGAUGGAGUCCGUAAGACCUUCUCCCAGUUUCAGGAGGACGUUGACCAGGCUGCUGCAGGUCUCCUGGCCCUGGGUCUGAAGAGAGGGGACAGACUAGGAGUCUGGGGCCCAACACUACCCACUGGUUCCUGUUUCAGUUCGCACAGCCAAGCGCUGGCAUCAUACUGGUGUCAAUAAACCCAGCCUAUCAGCUGCAAGGAGCUGGAGUACACCCUGGGGAAGGUGCAGUGUAAAGCUGUGGUGUGUCCCACCCAGUUUAAGACCCAGAGGUUCUGUGACAUGCUGAGACAGAUCUGCCCAGAGAUGGACACAGCGGAGUCAGGGGUC